UUCUGUCUGACUAUCCCUAUCUGGCUCCCUUUUCCCCCCUCUAAUCUGGCUUUGGGGAAAUGGGAGGUGACAAUGGUACAGAAUUAACAGAGUUCAUUUUACUGGGAUUCUCAGGUUUUGUUUUUGUCCAGAGCCAUCUGUUUUGGGGUGUGCUGUGUAUGUAUGUGGUUACCUUGCUGGGAAACUCUCUGAUCAUCAUCCUCACGCUGGCCGACCCAGCCCUCCACUCCCCCAUGUACUUCUUCCUGCGUCACUUCUCCCUGGUGGAGAUCCUCUACACCACUACCAUUGUGCCCAGGAUGCUGGCUGACCUCCGUUCUUCCUGCCCCACCAUCUCCCGUGCCAGCUGCUUCACCCAGCUGUAUUUCUUUGCCCUUUUUGGCAUUGCCGAGUGCUGUCUGCUCACCGCCAUGGCUUAUGACCGAUAUGCAGCCAUCUGCUGUCCCCUGCACUAUACCACCCUGAUGAACCAGGGAACAUGUGUCGGCAUGGUGGGGGCCUCUUACCUUGCGGGCAUCAUCUCUGGCACCACUCACUCUGUCUUCAUCUUCACUUUGCCUUUCCGUGGUGCCAACACCAUCCAUCACUUCUUAUGUGACAUCUUGCCUGUGAUGAGACUGGCUAGUGGAAACACUUUCUGGGCCGAAGUGGCAGAACUUAUCAUUACAACGUCUUUUAUCUUUGUGCCCUUCUUGUUGAUUGUGGCCUCUUAUGCCUGUAUUCUUGCUGCUAUUCUUGGUGUUGCAACAUCCCAGGGCCGUCAAAAGAUCUUUUCUACCUGCUCCUCCCACUUGUUUGUGGUCAUACUCUUUUUUGGGACAGGAACUGUUGCCUACAUGAGGCCUCAGUCAGAUUCUUUUGGGGACACAGACCAGAUUCUUACCAUCUUCUACACAGUUGUCACCCCCAUGUGCAACCCUUUUGUUUACACUCUGAGGAAUAAGGAAGUCACGGGGGCCAUGAGGCGGCUCAUGAAGAGAUACCUUUGUGGUCCUUGA